AUGGAAAAUGACUUUAAGCAGAGUGUCAUUAUUGGCACAAUUGUCAUGGGGAUAUUUGUUUCAAUUUACAUGAUACAAAUUGAGAGAAAGGCUGCUGUUGCUGAUAGAAAAUACACAGAAUGGAUUGGGAGUAAUCAGUUGUCAGAAUUUGCCCAUUUAUUUUUUGAAGAAGAUGUAAGUUACUUAGAUGCGCUGGUUCAUUUUGACAUAGAUCAAGCCAAAUCAUUCCAAAAGUUAUCCAGCUAUGGAAAAGCUAGAAUUAAAGAUGCUCUUGACAAACUGAAACAAGAAACAGUCCUGAAGACUUGGCUCAGAACAAAGGGACUUGCAGAAGACUACAUUGAUAGGUUACGAGUUAUUGGUGUAGAGAAUAUAUGGCGGCUAAGUAUACUAUCUGACAGUCAACUACAGGCUCUAACUGCACAUGAUGGUACAAUUGAAGACUUCCGUGAUUUUAAAAGAGGAGUUGCAGCUCUAAAAAACUCUAAACUACGAGAUGUUCAGAGAGAAAUGCUGAUCCACCAUCAGGCUGACAUAGUUACACCUGGUUCAUACUCUCUGCUAACAUUUCUCUUGAUGGUUUUGACAACACUGCUGCUGAUAGGUGUGACGUUUUGUAUUAUGUUGAUUUUGCGUGCACAGCAAAUUGGCUCCAUGUUUAAUUUUGGCUCCAUGUUUAAUCUAUCAACUUUAUCCAAGAAGUCUUUGUACUUCCUGUCUGGACAGUAUGAUGUUGCCCAGCACACAAAGGUCACAUGGAACUGGGAGGAGCCGCAAACUGUCGGCAAGAUGAUGACCUUUAGUAUUAGGUUCUUUCACAAGAAUGGCAAGCCUUACCCUGUUUCUAACAAGGACAAUAUUACUGUGGAGAUAAGUCAUGGAGGGUCGGAGGUUACCAAGGCAAUGACCUUGGGAGGGUCAAAGGUUGAUGAGGUGAAUUUAGCGCAAGUGUCUUUUACAGUACAUAAAUCAGGAGACUAUACAGUGUGUGUAAUGUUCUCAAGUAGGCAUAUCAAGGGAAGCCCUUUCACAAAGAAGUUUGAAGCAGGUCCAAUAGAUGCUACAAAGACAGGUUUUAUGAAUUACACAUCAACUGUUGUCUGUACACAAGACAAUGCCUAUCCUCUUACUAUAGAAGCCAGGGAUUCUUUCGGAAAUCUAGCCUCAUAUAAACCUGAUCAAAACAACUAUUUCAAGAUCAAAGUCACUGAGUGUGGCACUAGAGUAAAGCAUGUACCAACAACACAGAUAUUUUACAAUGCUCGACAAAAGCAGCUGUCCAUGCAGAUCAAGAUGGAAAAAGUGGGUUGUUACCAGGCAACCGUAUCCUAUGGUGAUAUUAACUUAAAGAAUGGAGAUUUUAAUAUACUAGUUCUUAGCAGCGAUGAUUUGAGCUAUGUGGAGAAGAAUAUAAACAAGUCACAUAAUAUCUGGUACGAGGCCAGGCUUAUAGAGUGUAAUAAUGAGAAACUCUCUAAACCAAAGAAAGUUUUUAUCUAUAUAACUCCAAAGCAACUGAAGUUAAAAGAAUAUUUUCUAAAGAUCAUAGGGAAGAAAUUGUUUACAUUCAGAGUGUGUCCUUCAACAAAGUUUGCAUUUAGUGGUUUCAGUAACCAGUUAAACAGUCAUAUAUUCACUAUAGAUGACGGGGCUCAGGCUCCGGUAGUACUAGCUGCUAAAGAUAGAAGUGUCAUAGCAGCUACAUUUACCAAAUUUUUACUCCGAAAUAUAGGUGGUUCUGAGACAUUUCAAGACAAACAGACAUUUUUCUAUCACGAGGUUCGAACAUUACAUCAGCGAAGAAGUUACAGUACCACUACAUUGAAAAUUGAUAGAGGCAAAUUAUUGCAAAGUUCCUAUAAAGCAACAAAAAAUUUUGAUGUUUCGGAUUGGUGUAAAAACUUUGAGAUUAAUUUUGUUGGAGAAGAAGGUUUAGAUUGGGGUGGAUUGAGGAGAGAAUGGUUCGAGUCUGUAUGUACACAGCUGUUUGAUCCAAGCAUAUCAGGACUGUAUAGGAGAUUCUCUGAUGAUAGUCAAGGUUUGGUUCAUCCAAAUAGCACCAAGACGGAUGAUGAUCUCAAGAUGUACGAAUUUGCUGGUAAAAUUGUCGGGAAAUGUUUGUACGAGUCUGCACGGGGAUCCACGUAUAGGCAGUCGUACAGACAACUUGUUAAAGCAAGAUUCUCACGGUCCUUCCUUGCUCAACUUAUUGGUCUCAGAGUACAUUAUAGAUAUUUUGAGACAGAUGACCCUGAGUUAUACAAAACUAAAAUCAAAUAUAUAGAGGAGAAUGAUAUAGAGGGUAUGGAAUUAACUUUCUCAGAGGAAGAAUACAGUGUUGGUGUAAAUGGUGGACAUGGUAUUGUCAAGGUUAUAGAUUUGGUACAGAAUGGCUCAAAGAUUCCAGUGACAAAUGAUAACAAGUUACAAUAUUUAGAUCAUCUAGCCCAGUAUAGACUAGCCAACACAGUACGGGACCAAAUUGAUAGUUUCCUAAAAGGACUCAAUGAGUUAAUACCGGAUAAUCUACUCAGUAUAUUUGAUGAGAAUGAGUUAGAGUUGUUGAUGUGUGGUAUGAGAAAGUACAGUGUUGCAGAUCUGAAAAAUAACCACAUUGUUACAGGGUCUUCACAUGCAUUCCGUAGAGUUCUGGACUGGUUCUGGACAAUUAUCAGUAGUUUUAGUGAUGAACAGAUGGCCAGACUGUUACAGUUUACAACUGGUUGUUCACAGUUACCACCAGGGGGCUUUGCUGAGCUGGUUCCCAAAUUUCAGUUGUCUCCUGGCUACACAUAUAAUACUCUACCUACAGCUCAUACAUGCUUCAACAAUUUGUGUUUACCUGACUAUGACAGUAUAGAACAGUUUCACAGAUCUCUGCUCAUAGCUCUAAAUGAAGGCAACACUGGUUUUGGACUGGUUUAAUCUAUCAUCAUACUAGUGAAGGAAAUAUUAUUUAAUUAUCAUUCUCUUUAUGAAGGAAAUAAUGUAUCCAGUCUGGUUAAAGAUCCAUACUGUUAGUGAAGGAAACAAAGCAUUUUGACUUGUUUUAGAACAUAAUAUAAGUGAAGGAAUUAUAGCAUUUAUACUUGUUUAAAAUAUGAAUGAAGGAAAUAUAGUUUAAGAUUUGUUUAAUAUACUAUAAGUGUGGAAACAUAGCAUUUAAACUAGUUUAAGAACCAAAAUGUUAGUGAAGGAAACACCAGGUUUUAUCUUGUUUUUCUAUCAUGAUUUCAACAG